AUGUAUUCCAAUUAUAGACCAUUAACAGUUUUAUCACCCAGUAUAGUUCAACUUGUCACACCCACACCCACAACCACUUCAGCUAAAUCUACCAAAACUUCAACAUCUUUUAGGACAACAACCCUUCCAACUGAACUACUUUUACCUUCUAGUGUUUCAAAAACCACCAAACUGUCAACCACCUUCGAAUCAAGUGAAUUGUUCACCUCAUCAUAUACAAGUUCUGAGCCCAGUUCAACAUCGAACUUCUUAGACUAUAAGAAAUCCUCCAACAAUUUGGCCUUGGGAUUAGGCUUAGGCAUACCAAUUGGUUUAUUCUUCAUUACUUUGAUCACUUUAGGAUCGUGGUAUUAUUUCAAACAAAAGAAGAAAACCAAUAAACCCAUUUUACCUUCUCAUAAGGAGUUCAACACUAGCUUCAAGAAUCCUUACAUCGGGCCCUUCAGUGAAGAGGCUGGUACCAAACAAGAGAGCCUGGAAAGAAGGUAUGAAAAGGAAUAUGCUGAAAGAGGUUAUGGAAAGGAUUAUCAAAAAGACUACAGUAAAGAUUUUGAUAAAUACGAUGCCUCCUUCAAUGAAAAGAUCACCACACCAGUAAGAUUCAUGUCUGUGCCACAAAAGAUCAAGAGGGAAUCUGUAGCAUUAUACCAUAGAUUCAGUAAGAUUGGUAAGAUUGAAGAAGAAAGUAACUCUAUCCUGCCUAUGUUUUUGAAAAGAUUUAAUUUGAAUAAGCCUUUCACCCCCAAAACACCUAAAAAUCAGAAAGUUAACAUCCAAGGUGAUGGAAGAGUAGCUGGAGUUUAUUCGAACAACUCAAAUGCUGUCUCUUCUAAAUAUUCAAAUUUUUCACAAGAACCCAAACCCAAUAAGGAUAAGCUCUUACCUAAGUUACCCAGUUUAAUCAAAAUGGAAAACCCCGUGGAAGACUCUAAAUUCAAAGUCAUUAGAACUUUCAAGAAGAAUUUGUCUGACGAAAUCGAUUUAAAGAUUGGAGAAACUGUAGAAAUCUUGAAAAUUCAUAGAGAUGAUUGGUGUUUGAUAAAAAAUGAAUUUGGUGGUAUUGGUAUGGCACCCAAAAAUUGUCUAGAAAUAGUUAGAUAG